AUGGUUGGUGAUUACGAAAAAGUCAUUCCUUACCCGACGAUUCGAGGAGCAAACGAGACCUUUAACGCGUAUGGAAAUGUCCCCAUGGGCCUCAACCACCACAAGGGACGACUGUUCGUAACGUUUCCUAGAAGAAGCCCGGGAAUUCCAGCAACCCUUGCGGUAAUUAAUAUGGUUAGAUCUCAAGGGGUCAACAAUCCAGCGGUGUUCGCUUAUCCUGACGCUCAAACGAAUGCACUUCAAUUGGAUUACUCACCAGAUCCAAGACGGAUUGUGUCCGUAUAUCGCACCAAAAUCGACAAAUGUGACCGAUUGUGGUUCGUGGAUACCGGCUAUUUGGAAUAUUCUGGCAAUGAGCGACAGAUUCAACGACCAGCGCUGUGGGUUUUAAAUCUGAAAAAUGACCGUCCUCUUCAACGAUACGAAAUCCCAACCACUAUUGUGGAACUUGGUUACGGAAUGGCCGGUAUAACAGUUGAUGUAGAAGAAGACAGAUGCGAACAGGCUUAUGCCUACAUAUCCGAUUACCAAUGGCAAGGAUUAUACGUGUAUAGUCUAGCCGUUAACAGAAUGUGGCGUUUUAAUCACAAUUUCUUUUCGUUCGAACCACGAAACGGUCGAUUCAACGUUGGAGGCUCACGAUUUGUCUGGAACGACGGACUGUUUUCCAUCGCUCGGGGCCGGCAGGAUUCAACUACGAGAAACCGCAUAGUGUACCUCCAUGCGCUCGCUUCUACAAGUGAAAUUGCUGUUUCCAACAGUGUACUGAAGAAUGAAACAUUGUCUCGAUUCAGAAACGAAUACAGUGAACUGUUUCGACAUCUGGGAUCACGAGGGCCCAACACUCACAGUGCCAGCCAUGAUUACGAUGAGGGCACCAGUGUUCUGUUCUACACAGAGGUUAAUCGAAACUCGAUCGGAUGCUGGAACAGUAAACACGGGUUUGACGCCGAUAAUCAUGGCAUAGUGCAUUUGGAUAAUGAGAAGAUGAUUUAUCCGUCGGAUUUAACGAUUGACAAUGAUGGUGUUCUCUGGGUUAUGUCAAACAGAUUCCCAGUAUGGCUCUACUCAAGGUUGAAUGCGACCGAUUAUAACUUCCGAAUCUGGCGUCUGUCGGCCAACAGUGCGAUCAAGGGCACAAUUUGCACGUAA